AUGAUGUCCAGAAGCCAGUCAAGUCUGGGAUACAUGGACGCAGGCCAGGAUCCCUCAGCCCCAGGCGGCUCUCCGUCUCUCCAGCAGCACCCGUCGUCGGGCCCGAUCAACCUGUCCGGGCUGGUGUGCAAUGUUCGCCGAACCACCGGCAAGGAGCCCCACCCCCUGGUGGGCGCGACCACGACUAUUUUGGGCGAUAAGCUAUACGUUUUUGGAGGCCGCAUCCUCUCGCGCAGUCGCCCGCAGCUGACGUCGGAUCUGUAUGAACUGGACCUGAUUCGGCGACACUGGACCAAGAUUGAGGCGGCCGGGGAUGUCCCUCAACCCCGUUAUUUCCACAGCGUAUGUGCGCUGGGUGAUAAUAAGUUGGUCUGCUACGGAGGCAUGUCACCUGCACCAAGUACACCCAAAGAUCCAUCAGAUCCUAGUGUAUCUGGGUCAGAGACCCAGUCGGAGGUCGUGGUCAUGUCGGACAUUCACAUCUUUGAUGUCCCUUCGCGGGCAUGGACCCGGGUUGCGGCCCACGAGUCUCCGCAAGGACGAUACGCACAUUGCGCUACGAUCCUUCCCUCUAGUGCCUCAUUUACCUCUGCCAGUGCGCCGUUGUCGGCCAUCCAUCAUAAUCCAGAGUCCUCUACGCCUCACCAAGGCUCUAUUGGAGUGGAUAUCGAUGGCUUUGGCGGAGCUGAGAUGGUGGUGGUCGGCGGCCAGGAUAGCUCCAACCAUUAUAUCGAACAGAUUAGUGUUUUUAACCUCCGUAGCCUCAAGUGGACUAAUACCAGUCCACUGGGACGCAGCUGUGGCGCAUAUCGCAGCGUCGUUGCACCCCUAGUGGGCAUGGGCGUCUCGGAGGUAGGCUCAACUGCUCCCGACCGAGAAACCCACGAGCCGAUCGAGGAGUCCGAGUCUCCAGGCUGUCCUAUGCUGAUCUACUCAAACUACAACUUCCUGGAUGUCAAACUGGAGUUGCAGGUGCGCCUGCCGGACGGGCGUCUUGUCGAGCGACCGAUGCAGAGCCAAGCGUCCCCCCCUGGUCUGCGUUUCCCGAACGGCGGCAUUAUCAAUGGUCACUUUGUCGUCAGUGGCACCUAUUUGACCUCCUCCAAGCAAGAAUACGCCCUUUGGGCCCUUGACCUCAAGACCCUAACCUGGGGACGUAUUGAUGCUGGAGGCUCCGUCUUUGGUCAUGGCAGCUGGAACCGCGGAAUUCUCUGGCCGCGGCGCAGCGCUUUUGUCAUCCUUGGCCAUCGAAAACGAAGCUUGGUUGAUGAUUACAAUCACCGGCGCAUCAACUUUUCACACAUUUGUCUGGUUGAACUCGAGGCCUUUGGGCUGUACAAUAACCCGUCUCGCACCGCUUCCACAUCAGGAUAUAAAUCAUACAGCUCACCCUCGGUACCUGCGUCGUUACACCUAAAGUUGUCCCAGUUGACGACCAGUGGCCGACCCCUAUCCGCAGCAUCUGAUGAGCUCGGCAAGCUGGCACUCUCACUGCACGAGAUGUCUGACAUGGAAUUACAGGCUGUGGGCGGAGAACGGAUUCCUGUUAACUCCCGCGUCCUAGCACGGCGUUGGGGCCCUUACUUUAUCCAGAUCUUGCGCGAGUCGUCUGACGGUGGCAUUUCGGAAGCUGCCACUCUCCGUCCGGCUCCAACACACCCUAGUCGCAACUCGAGCAUCACUAUUACCCCGUCCGUUGGACAUAACAGCAACUACUCCAGUGCGACAACAUUGGUCAACCCUGCGGCCCCGUCCAAAGCGCUCCUAGAGAACCUGGAGGCCCCCUCCGCCCAUGGCCUUGCGCCAACCUCUCGACCGCGCGUCCUCUACCUCCCUCACACUAUCUUUACCCUCCAAGUACUCGUUCAGUACCUCUAUACCUCAGCCCUCCCUCCCCCGGGCUCCUCCCUGUGCACCCCACAAAUCCUCUGCUCUCUUCUCCAAAUUGCGCGCCCUUACCAGGUAGAUGGCCUGCUGGAGGCGACUGUGGAACGCCUGCACCAGGUCCUCGAUGGACGUAAUGCAGCCGCAGUUUUCAACGCCGCUGCCAUGGCAGCGGGCGGAGGCCGCGGCACCGGCUUCACCGGCGGCCUAGGCGGCACACUGGAGACCCUGAACGGCGCCCACAUCGGCCGCAACGGCUCCGCGCCCGGCGUGUCCGAGGGUGGAACAAACUCGCACCAGAGUGUCCUCGCCUCCGAUUCAUCCGACACCGAGCACGGCGGCAUCUCCGCCGCCUCCGCCGUCAGCAGCACCAACGACGCUACUAACCUAACCCGCAGCUUGCCCUCGCUGCGCAUCGACACGAAUUUGUCACACUCGCGCACUCGCCAGCGCAGCCACCGCGACCGCGAAGACUCUAUCAGUAACGCUAGUACCGCGACGUCCGCAUCCAGCGCCAGCUUCAGCCAGUCGGACUCGGAAUUCGUCAGCGACAGUGAGAGCCGAUCUGCGUCGCGUGAGCAUCGCCGCCGCGGCACGGAUGCCGAGCUGGGCCGCACGCAACGCGAGAUCUGGACUGGCGAUUUGAGCAGUGUGAUUGGGCUGCAGAAGCGCGGGCUGCGCGGUCUUAUGGAGGGCCGGCGGAUGCGUGAGCGCAGCGUGAAGCCACCUAGUGCGAGCAGUGGCUCGACUUCUGUGCCGCCAUCAGGGUCAGACUACUACCUGCCUAUGCAGGGAGUGGCAGGUUAA